AUGCCAAAUAUACAUAGCGUCGAGCACCAUCUCAAUCGGAGAUACUUCUAUGCCAGCGACUGGUCCGGCGGUGCCCGAUGGGCAUUUUUUGCCAUCUUCAUUGCCAUCAUUGUGAUCUGCGUCAUAGGUACAAUCCGAGUCAAUAAGAAAAGAAGCCGACAGGGCAUCCAGCCAAUCUACGGCACACGGUGGAUGACGCCUCCGUCGUAUUUCCAGUCUCAGGACCAGUACAACCAGCCAGCACGGGGAGAUGCAGAUAUACCCACUGCGUAUGUGCCCACAUAUACGGAGCAGGCGAACGCUAACGAUAUGGGCUACUAUGCACCAGACGGCACGUUCUACCCGAACCCCAAUUCUAAGGGCCCGAUUUUCCCCGAGUCGGCUCACCACAGGACAACCUCCAACGCCGACGGGCAGCCGCUUCUGCAAUUUGACCAAAAUGGAGUCAGGGUCUUUUCCGACGAAAUGACAGAAGAUUUCACGCGACCCACAGGCCCGCCUUCGGGCAUGACUGGUAUAAGCAGGGACGACACAGCUCCAAGCUCUGUGGACAUUUACGAAAGACCAGGCCAUCCUCCUCCAGGCGCCCGCUAG